AUGGGCAAAGACUUGACAUGUCUUUGGCGUUCUUCAUCAUCUCUUGGUAUAGGUGAAUUAACACGGUUUCGCAUAAAAUUCAAUCUCGCUAAACUCUUAUCGCCCCCUACCACCGUUGAGCCAUUUCCGCUAAUAAUCGAAGUAAAGAACUCCACCCCCCUUAUAUACCGUGGUGCUCUUCUCACAGGACCAUACAACAUUUCAGCAUGCAUUCUCGAGACUCGUAAUGUAUGUGCCUGUCUACAAUUAAAGCCUGUUCUUGCAUGUGGAGAGAUAUGGAGAGCUGCACUUGAUAUACCCAAGGAGGGUGUUGGUGAUUGGACUGCGGAUAUCUUUAGCGAAGUGAUUUUUUCCCCGAAUAAAGUUGGAUAUGAAAUCAGCGUACUUGCUGAAUUACCCGAAGGCCAUUACAACCUUAGAUCCGACAACGAAGUAAUAAGUGAGAAUGGAACUACUGUAUCAUAUACUCCUGGAAUUGAGUACGAAAUGUGGAAAACGGAAGAUAUCUUUCGAUUACCGGAUUUGAGUAACAGAAAAAUUGGUGAAGAAGUACAUUUAGUUGUUUUAACACAUGGACUCAAUGGUACUGCCUUGGAUAAAAAGUAUCUAAAGGAGCGAUUAGAAGACAAGUACAACAACCAAACUGGAACUCGAGUAGUUCCAUAUGUUGCCGACGUGAAUCAUGCUUCAACGUGGGAUGGGAUAGAAAUAUGCGCUAGAAGAAUUGCCGACAAAGUAUUGAAAAUAGCCGGGUGGCCAUGGAAUGUUAACAGUACUGACAUUGAUAAAGAAGAAGAGACAUCUACUGGACCAUACAUAUCUAAAAUCUCCUUGACCGGCCAUUCUCUUGGCGGUUUAAUCAAUGUAUGCCUUGCCGGUUAUCUGAAUAGCCUAACAAAGGGUGAAUUUUACCGUAGCAUACAAGCGGUCAAUUUCAUUACAGUAGCAACACCAUGGCUUGGAUCAACGGAACAACCUUGGUAUAUCAAAGCAGGAAUGCAUGUAGGAGCAGUCGGACAAACAGGUAAAGAUCUCUUGGCAGUUCAGCGAACACGAUCAGAACAAGCGCAAGCACGUGGGGCUGCCGAAGAGAAUACACUGGAGGAAGAACCUCUAUUGUUAGCCCUUGCCCAUCCGUCUUCACCAUCUCAUCAGGCUCUUGUCAAGUUUCAACACAGAACAAUCUAUGCUAAUAUUGUCAACGACGUAUCAGUAUCGUUCAGAACGGCAUCGCUCUACUUUAUUGAUUUUGACCCUACUUCUUAUGUAAAGGUGCGUCCUGUCAAUCUCUUGGAUCACCUGCAACAUAUCCACAAUACACUCAACCCACGAGUCCCUCCUAUCGAGACUUUUACGAACCAACGUUCUGCAGUCAAUCCUAUUCUCCAUGACAAGUUAUAUACGCCCGAUGGAAUACCUCCGCCUGCAGAUGAAUGUGCAAUGCCAAUCGAGGAGCGUAUUGCUCGUCUAUGGCACAAAGAUUUAACUUGGCGAAAAGUGGUUGUUCGCCUGGAAGGUGAGGCACAUUUAAGCGUUAUCGUGAGACGAGAAUGGCUAAACAAAGAAGGAAAACAGGUGAUCGAACAUUUAUUAAAUGAGCAUGAAUUCUAA